AUGAGAUACAUCAUUCUCUUCCAAGCGAUAUUCGCUACAGCCGCCCAAUCUGCUGCGACCUCAGGAUGUCGCAAGCCUCUCCCUGGCUCGAUUGAGCGCGGAGGUGCUCGCAACACCAAUUCACUGGAAUUCGUCACUUCCAAUGGAACCGUCCGUGAAUACGGUUUACACAUCCCGACAACCUACGACGACAAUACACCAAGUCCUCUUGCUUUCUCAUUCCACGGCCGAACACGAACUUGGCAGGAACAAGAAGAGAUAUCUGGAAUGUCCAACGAAACCAUGAAUCCGAAUUAUCUGGUGGUUUACCCGCAGGGUAUUGAUGAGCAAUGGCAGGGCGACCCGGAAGCCGUGGGCUACGACGAUGUCGACUUCACUCUCGAACUUCUGGCCAAUCUUUCUAGCGUCUACUGCUUGGACACCAACAAAAUCUACGCUGCAGGCAAGUCGAAUGGCGGCGCGUUUGCUGCAAAUGUUCUGGCCUGUCAUUCCAAAGCUUCCGGUGUCUUUGCCGCCUUCGGAGGCAUCUCUGGGGCGUAUUACCAGGGUGAUAGCGAGAAUGAUUGCAGUCCAGGCACAGUACCCAUCCCUUGCAAUGCCAGCAGAUCUCCCAUACCGGUAUUCACGACCCACGGCGAUGCUGACGAAACUAUUCCAUACGAUGGCGGACCUCGCCGCGACCGUUGUCUCCCUAAUCUGCCUCAUUUCAUGACCGAGUGGUCUGAACGCAAUGGACUUGGUGCUUCGAACGCGACGUCUUCGCUCUAUCACAAAAAUGUGGUCCAAUACUACUACGGCAACAACAAAUAUCCAGACGUCAAUGCGCACUACCGAGUACAUGGUCUUGGUCACUAUUGGCCUUCUCUUGCCAACGGAAGCUCGUUCGACGCGACACCCCUUCUUCUGAACUUCUGGGACAAAUGGACGUUGGAUGCAGUGAGCACGACUCCUUCAGCGACGAGUUCUCCAUCAACAACGUUGCCAGCAUCUGCCACAUCUUCCACCAGUUCUGCUUCGGCAUCAAGUGCCGGGACUAUUGGGCAAGUCAGUGCCCAACAGUGGGCCCUUGGAGGUCUGGGAGUUUUAAGCUGGCUACUUUUUGCUUAG